AUGGGUCAAUAUAUAACAACACAUGAAUUUUAUCAUGCAUAUACUGAUGAACCCCAUGCAACGCGUCGAAAGGAAAUACUUAAAAAAUAUCCCGAGAUAAAACAACUAAUGGGUCAUGAUUGGCGUAUGUCAAUUCAAGUAACUAUAUCUGUUAUUAUACAAAUUAGUGUUGCAAUACUUCUACGAGAAGCUUCAUGGUUAAAAUUAAUUUUAUUUGCAUACGUUAUUGGUGGAACAAUAAAUCAUACCUUAUCAUUAGCAUUACAUGAAUUAACACAUAAUUUAGCAUUUGGUCAUUCACGACCGAUGUGUAAUCGUUUGUUGGGUUUUUUUGCUAAUUUACCAUUAGGUGUACCAGCAUCGAUAACGCUUAAAAAAUAUCAUCUUGAUCAUCAUCGAUUUCAAGGUGAUACAGUCUAUGAUACAGAUGUUCCAACACGUUUAGAAGUUUUUUUAUUUUCAUCUCGUAUUGGUAAAUUAAUAUUUUUAAUUAUAAUGCCAUUUCUUUAUUCAUUUCGACCAAUGUUUGUUUUCCCAAAAGCAAUACAUUUAUUAGAAAUACUUAACUUAAUCAUUGCAUUUACAUUUGAUGGUGUAAUGUUUUAUUAUUUUGGUGGAAAAACAUUACUAUACUUUCUAUUCAGUACUGCACUUGGAUUGUCAUUACAUCCUAUUUCUGGACAUUUUAUUGCUGAACAUUAUGUUUUUAAAGAAGGACAUGAAACAUAUUCUUAUUAUGGACCAUUGAAUGCUAUUACAUACAAUGUUGGUUAUCAUAAUGAACAUCAUGAUUUUCCAUAUAUACCUGGUAGAAAUUUACCAAAAGUACGCAAAAUUGCUCCAGAAUAUUAUGAUCAUUUACCACAAUAUACAAGUUGGGUCAAGGUACUUUAUGAUUUUGUAAUGAAUGAUAAUGUUGGGCCUUGGUCACGGGUCACUCGACCAACCAAAGUUGGACGUGUUUCAGUACCAACUCAACAAGAAUACGAACAACAGUUAAAAAGUACUGUUUGCCAAGCUCAUAAACAAGAGUAA